UGAUGUUCAGGCUAAAGUUAGCAUAGACAGGCUGGUAUAUAAGACCCCAGAGGGGAACUACGAAGAUGUCAGUCACAUCAGUGUGGUGUAUACUUUCCAUCUUUUGACCAACUGCCGAAACUCUCAGAGAUGGCACCCAAGAAGGCAAAGAGGAGGCAGCAGGCAGAGGGUGGCAGUUCUAAUGUCUUCUCCAUGUUUGAACAGAGUCAGAUCCAGGAGUACAAGGAGGCUUUCACAAUCAUCGACCAGAACAGGGAUGGUAUUAUCAGCAAGGAUGAUCUGAGAGAUGUGCUGGCCUCCAUGGGUCAACUAAAUGUGAAAAACGAGGAGCUGGAAGCUAUGGUCAAAGAGGCCAGUGGCCCCAUCAACUUCACUGUCUUCCUCACCAUGUUUGGUGAGAAGUUGAAGGGUGCUGAUCCUGAGGAUGUUAUCUUGAGUGCUUUCAAAGUCCUGGACCCUGAGGCUACAGGCACCAUCAAGAAGGAAUUCCUUGAGGAACUCCUGACCACCCAGUGUGACAGGUUUACUGCUGAGGAGAUGAAAAAUCUUUGGGCUGCCUUUCCCCCAGAUGUGGCUGGCAAUGUAGACUACAAGAACAUCUGCUAUGUCAUCACACAUGGAGAGGAGAAAGAGGAAGAAUAAUCUCAGUCCAUCAACCAUCUAUCUUCCUUCUCUCAUUACGACAUCUUUUUUUUUUUUUUUUUCAGCGUCCCCAUGGUCUAUUUGUCCUCUCAAA